GAAGUGGAUGAAGGAGGCGCAACCAUGAGCUAUCCCCGCAAAUAAACUUCUAGAAUUCCAAUUCUCCAUUCGCAAAUCCCUUCAUCCCUUCAUCCCUCGCAAAUUUUCCUACUCGGCCUGAAUCUUGACAACCAGUUAAAGACUAUCCUUACACUUUCGUUCUCCCCUUCGUCAAUCCAUUUAUUGUAAUCUCAUCCCAUACCUUGCCAUCCGUUUCAUUUCCCUUCAUUCUUUGCCAACACCAUCAAGAAUCGGAAACAUUACCAUUCAUCAUCCAUCCAUACAUCUCUUACUCCUCGGCUACCUUACAUACUUCACCAUUCUCACUGCUGCAUUCAAUUAUUUUCAGCUCAAAAUAGACAUCUUAAUUUAACGAGGAGUCACACCUACAUACGCCUACCACCCUUCUUUUUUUCCCACCCCCCCUAGUCUUUUCUAGCUACCUUGAGAUGAGAUUUUGGGACGGAGUAUUCAUAUCCCAACUCCACUUAUCACAAAUACAUAUUGAUACCCAAUGAGCUCCUGAAUCCUGUACUACGACAAGCAUUAGGCUGGAGGACCGACAGACAAGUUACAACACGGCGAACGAUUGAGAAACUUUUUCUCUCUCUCUCCCUGAUUUACCCCCUGCAACGAACUUACGGAGGGAUUUAACCUACGGGAAACAAAAACAUCCUCGUAUGUUGCGGAUUUUCCAAAAAGUACAAAGCUACGAGCAAGACCGAAUUAUUGACCAAGUCAACAAUUUUGUCUCCAAGACAUUGAAGGACGGCAAAGAACUACAUUACCCUUCCCAAACCACCCACAGGAAUAAUUUUGGAAACCGCAGGAAAAUAGGAUACCCCUAACGGACCCGGAACCAGACCCAAUUACAGCAAACCUUCAUCUUUCCCAAGGACAGUCACAAAAUAGCAGCCAGAAACCGGACAAGGAUUUUGUUUUCAAGGAUUUCCGUAUUUUUGUUCCCAUUUGGAUGCUCCCAUUACCCAAGGAUUAGGAGUAUUUUCUGCAAAGAAAAGCCAAAAAACAACGGGAAAAUAUAGCACCAUUAGUCCCCGGUGUACUUAUUUUUCCUAUUCCUUUAUAUUUUACCACAGCUUGAACCAGGUCAGGUCUGAAGAGUGUAUGCACUUCGUACCGUGUAUCAUCUUUUCAUUCCCCAUUCGGACUUUCUUCUUAUACUUUCAGCAGAAAGUUUAUGAGAGGUUUUACCAACGUAUCCUCGUUGACCAGACCAUAAGAUCCUAUCACAUCAUUACAGAUUCUCUCUUCGAUAAAAGUCCCCUUUACCCACACAUCCACAUCUACUAUCUACUUUCCCCCCUCAGCCCCCCUCCUCUAGGGUUCUUCUUUAGCUGCCGGGUUGCUGAUCCAUAUCAUAUCAUAUCGCAUCGACAUUCAAUCCUAGGCUCCCACACCAUACUAUUCGCUAUCGAUAAAUCGAUUCGAUAAACCCUACGGACCACCACCAACCACAAUUCGUCCUUCUAGUCAACCUGGCAAAGAACAAUCAACGACAGAAGAAAACUAAAAGAAGAAAAAGUCAAACAUUACCCGUUACUCCAAGUCUCAGCUUUCUAUCAAAGUACUACCUCAUUGACACUACUGCGGAAUUGCGUCGCUCGUCCAAUCACUGAUUAGUGUCUUCACUAUUUUUCCCUACGGACUCACAGAUUAGACACUAAAAAGGAGCUUAGACUCCCCAUAUUUCUUAUUUACGACUACUCUUACUUUUUUUUAUUUUUAAUUCAUCCCUCAGUCGGUUCAUCCACACCACACUUCCCGUACACCCCGUCAACCAAACUUCAUAACAACAACACACACACACACACACACACACACACACAUACCACAGCACAGUACUACCUCCGUGCGACAUCAAUUGCUACUAUAUAAGUAGAAGCGUCCAGUACGUUUUCUAUUGACACUCAGCAACCUUCCCGUCAACCCAACGCAUCAGCACCAACUACCCAUACUGUUGUUGACGACCUUCACUGUCGUCGCUCCAAUAUAAACAAUGGGUGGCCCACGUGCCAUGUACCUUGAAGAGGAAGACGAAGACACGGGCAAAGUUCUGAAAGGUACUCGACGAAGCGCAAGCGUUAAAGCACCCUCAAGGGAAAAGGUCAAGGAACGUCCAAAGAUUACCACUCGCGAUCGCACAUCAAGCAAAGCUUCAAGAACAAAUAGCGACUCGGGAUACUCGACCGGAGCGAUUCCUACAGGUUCAGAGAUAUCGUCACCCGAUGCGGUACAAGAUGUCGAAUACACAAAAGAAAGUAAAAAAUCGCGAAGACCGUCUACGAAUCAAAGACGCCCUUCAACGGUCGAAUCACGUCCACCACAGACACUUAAGAACAAGGAGACCAAGGAGCACCGAAGAUCUCUCAGUGUCAAGACUGAUGCGAAGCCAGAGCAUUACGGAGUUAAAACUCCUGUUACAUCUAAACAUCCUCAACCUCCCGUCAUCACGCAACCCAGCACCGCAUCUGUCCCUAUGAGACCUCGCGCAUUAACCCACGCUCAAACAUACCACGGUGGCCAACGACCUUCCAGUUACCACGCCGCCUCUGCUUCAGUGUCUGCUGCCUAUCCUCCAUUGUCCAGUUCUGCAUAUUUCCAACCUGUUCAUCAAUCGGCGCAAUUUCAAGCUCCACCUCCUUCACCAGCAUUCAACAACUAUGCUGUCGUCCACCCUCCUCAAGCUUCUAGCUACUUUCAAUCUCAGGAAGCUCAACCUUCAUCGCGCUCUCUUUCCGCCCGAUUUGAACCUCAACAAAGGGCUUCUCAAUAUGGUAUUCGACCCGAGCCAGUUCAAACACCCCGAAUGAUCACAGGGGGCUAUGAGCGAGAGUACCAAUACAGCGAAGAUGAUUAUGAUGAUAGUUACGAAUCUUCUAAUGAAGAGCCAAUCGGGAGAACCAUCACCAGUAGCAUACGUGUACCAUCUGGGAUUCCCUCAAGGACAAACAGCUCUGCUGUAUCGGAAAGCAACUUUAGCAAGGCAGACAGUUCGCGCAGUCGCGAAAGUAAUUAUAGCGAAGUGGAAAGCAGUUACAACAAGAGCAAGAGCAGCAGAGGCAGAAGAGACUCUAAGGCUAUGCCACCGCCACCCAAACCUACUAUGCGACGACCAACAGUCAAUGUGCCAGUAUACGACGAUAAUCUUUCCCAAUAUAGCGUUGAAGAGUACCACGAGGAACCUCCUCGUCAAGCAGCUCGUCCUCGUCGACCAAGUCCUCAUCGAAACUCGGUUUCGUAUGAUGUGAGCGAAUUGCCCAGAGAAACAGAGAGAUUUAGACUUGAGACUGCUAGCAAACACAGACGCCGACAAAGCUACUAUGGGCAAUCUACAUCUGCCUCAUCCACUCAAGCAUCUACCACGGGAUCAAGUGGCUAUAGCGCAAAGCUUUCCGCGGCAGCCGAUUAUCUUGAGGAAGUUAGUGGUCCAACCAUCCCUCUCACUGCUGAGGCUUUGAAAAAAGAACAACGAAGACAGGCUGGAGGUAGUAGCAGAAGCACAAAGAGCAGUGGAAGUCAUGACCUAAGUGAUUAUCGAGGCACACAAACCACUCGUACGACCCGAAGUGGUGGUGAUGAUAAUGUUACAAUCGAGGUCACUGGUCAAGCUAAAGUCACAGUUGGUGGAGCUGAAAUUCAAUGCGAAGAAGGAGGAAAAAUUCAGAUUCACCGCACAGAAACAAUCAUUCGUGACGGAAGCGAAGCAACUGCAUCGGAAUAUGAGCAUGGAUACGGACUUAAAUUACUUGAUGAUCGUGAACGCCGAAGCCGACAUGACCGAAGUGACAGUCAAUCAGGCCGAUCGCGCAUGAGAUCACAACAUUCCUACACCCGAGUCUCACCUCGACCUCAAGAUCGGGACAGAGCACCUCGUGAACGCCGUGAGGAUUAUGAAGCUCGCACUGCCAAGGAUUACGAUUCUCGCAAUUCCAACUGGGAGUCUUCAACCACUUCAACUUGGUACUAAAUCUUUUGCGUAUCAUAUUUUAUUUUCCUUCGGCGAUUUAUUUCUUGAAUAUUCGAUUUAGCGACAUGUUUCUUUAUGACGAUUUCAUAUCAUUUCUUUUUGAAUUUCUUUUUUCGAACAUCCUUCUUCUCUGUGCAUAUUGUUGUGUGGUCGUUACUUUCUCCUCUUCUUUGGGGUUUUCAGAAAAGCGGAAAAAGUUUAUACCCCAAAAGCACUUGAGAGCACUUUUUCUGUUUGUUUUUUCUUUUUCUUUCCUUGCGGCGGAAAUGGAAAUGUUUCAAUAUGAUGAAUGUACGACUUGUAUGAGUUAUGGUUAUGAAUCUCCUUUUCAUGUCUCUUAUCUUCUUUUUGGCGAUUACCUUUUGAUUUUGGAUUGAAAGUAUUGGGAUUGGGAUGAACUACAGAUGCAUGCAGUUUUGCUAGCAAUGGCAGCAUGUAAGAUAUGAAUUAUCGACAGAGAUGUUUUUAAGAGUUGGCGCACAUGGCUGGUACAUGGUCUGUUUGGUAUGAUAUAUGAAAAGGAUGGGGGGAACGGAAAAUGGAUGAAUGGAUUGGGUCUCCUUUAAUGUUAGUGGGGACUCGUCUAUCUAUCAGAAUUGUUUCCAGAACCUUCAGGAUUGGAUUGAUCGACUGAUUGAUUGUGGAUUAUAAGCUUUAGGGUAGCUUUAGAUAGCUUUAGGAUAGUUUUAAAAUAUGAUACCCCUUUA